ACAUCUGUCAAUUUGAUAACAGAUAACAGGUUGUCAUUUCCGUAGUCCACUGUCCAACAAAAAAAAUAUGAACUUUAAUCUUAAUCAUGGAAGAAAAUAAAAAAAUACUCAAGUUUGUGUAUAAUAAAUUUGUGCAAAGAUUCGUUACUAUGCUCGAUACACUUGACAGACGAAUAUCCAGAAAUAUAACAGAGGCCGGCAUCGAAACCAGGCCAGUUAAAAGCAAUGGAUUGUGGUGUUGUGUUCUCCUUCCUGCAGUGUUGGUCACGUAUUCGCUGCUGUACAAAGUAUCAUUAGUAUACAGCCUAGUGGCCUAUGUGUCUGUUGGCAUCUUCUUCUACUGCAUCCUGUUUAUAAUCUUCAUGUCCGUAUCAUGUUUGGUGUUACGGAAUGUUUAUGGUGGAUGUGUAGCAUCAAGUUUUGUUUCCGCUUUACUGAUUUAUGUUGGACUGGGGCAAGGUCUGACAUACUCAUUGCUCUUCACAUUACCAACAAUAUUCAUGUUCAGUAUGUUGCUUCGUUGGUCCCUGAUCAUGUUCCCCAAAACAUACACUAUAGGAGAGGCGAUGAUAGUGGCUCAGGGUGUGGUACUGUUCUUCACCAUGUUCAUGGCUAUGAUAAUGUGCGAUGACAAUGAAGAAACAGAUGCUGAAACUGAGCUUAUAAACACUGUUGUUUUUACAGUGUUAUCAACAGUGGGAUUGAUUGUUACAGCGCUUUAUCACUUGACAGACAACAUGAGAACCCUGCAGGUUUUCAGUUACAUAUUUCUGAUAGCAGCUGGAUACGCAGUGGUAACUUUGCAUUCUACAUUGGGGAUGAAUUGCAUUGUCAAAGUACUAAGCUAUAUAUUCUUAGAUAAGAACAGAGCUCAGCUAUUUACCUUUUGGGUAUUUUUACUCGUAAUGGCUAUGUGUGUGCUACUUGUGCGUUCGAAGUUAGCCGUGAAAGCUGAUACUGUCACACGGAAAUCCUUCCACAUUUUAGCUUCACUAGUGUUCUUGUCUGGGAUCAUUUACAAUGUACCUUUGAUUACACUAGGUGCAGGCGUCGGUUUUGGACUGUUAAUUCUAGUAGAGACAUUGAGAAAAGCUCGUAUUGAACCAAUAUCAUCGAUGUUGCAGUCCAUUUUUGAUGUUUAUAAAGAUGAAAAGGAUUGCGGCACAUUUGCAAUGACGCCAAUGUAUUUGUACGCGGGUUUAGCUUGUCCAUUAUUGUUAGUUCCUAAACACGAGGGAUAUGAUCUCGAGCUGCUCAGCGGAGUCCUCGCUACGGGCAUUGGAGACGCGGCGGCCAGUUGGUUUGGAUCGCGUUACGGAUUUAAUAAAUGGUCAGAUAGCAACAGAACAUUGGAGGGGACGACAUUCAAUAUACUGUCACAAGUGGCAACUAUUCAUGCCCUCGAAUUAUUUGGUAUGCUAGAGGCCAAAAAUGCGUUAAUUAGGACCACCAUAGCAGCUUCAGUGUCCGGAUUAAUUGAAGCCAAAACAGACCAAGUGGAUAACUUAAUUCUGCCCCUUACAACGCUAUUGGCGUUUCAAUUAUCGUGGUUCCUAAGAUAAUAUCAAAUUUAGAUAAAAAAAAUAGUAACAUUGGACAUUUUUAUACUUUUAUAAGAAAAAAUAAAAUGCAAAAAAAUUGGGAAAAAAAUAAUUUUCAUAAAUAAUCAUACUGUUGUGAUAUUAAUAUGUGCAAUACAAGAAUAUAAACUUCAUAGAAGAACAUAUUUUUAUUGUAUGCUUAUGUAAUUGUUGGGUAUAGAUAGAAAUGUGAUUAUGAGUGGGUACAACAUUUUAGAUUAAUUAUUUCUAUAUUUAAUUAUGUCAUACAUUUAUUUCAUAUGAUUUGGUAUUUAUAUAACUUUAUAAACAAAUAAAUGCAGAGAUUGUAUUUAGUAAAAUUACAAUAUUUAAUAAUGAGACUAGACUGAGUACACAUUCUGUGGUAUGAAUUACUGUAAAUAAACCAAAGCAUUUGUUUUUAAUAAAUUAUUUAUUCUUAAUAA